AUGAAGCUGACUGUGCAGAAUCGUCAGGCCAAGGUGUCGGUGGUGCCAUUGGCAGCGACUCUGGUCAUCAAGGCACUGAAGGAGCUAGAGCGUGACCGGAAGAAGAUGAAGAAUAUUAAGCACAACGGGGAUAUCUCCCUUGAUGACGUCGUUGAGACCGCCAAGGUUACGUGCCCUAGAUCCAUGGCCAAAGACCUCAGUGGGACCAUCAAGGAGGUUCUCGGCACGUGCGUCUCUAUGGGUUGCAUGGUCGAUGGGAAAGACCUUAAGGAUUUGCUGCAGGAGAACUCCGAUGGUGACGUGGAAGUCCCUCUGGACUGA